CCUCUUUAUUUUCUGUCAACUUUUGAAUAUAUAUACAUCUCAUCAACGUCCAUUGUUUCAAACAUCAUAUUCUUCCAUAUCAUCCAACUUUGAGUAUAACAUUUAAUUUUGCUCUUCUCUCUAUUCUCUUAAAGAUCCAAUAUAUCACAUGGCUGAGGUUAUGCUACCGAUGAAAAUGGAGAUGGCUAACGAUCCUUCCAAGUUUACAUCACCUGAUCUUCUUCAUGUUCUCGCCGUCGACGACAGUCACGUUGAUCGGAAAUUCAUAGAACGCUUGCUCAAAGUCUCUUCCUGUAAAGUUACUGUUGUUGAUAGUGCGACAAGAGCUCUGCAAUACCUUGGACUAGACGUAAACGAGAAACCCAUCGGUUGUAAGGAUUUGAAAGUUAAUUUGAUCAUGACGGAUUACUCUAUGCCCGGAAUGACUGGAUAUGAACUCUUGAAGAAGAUCAAAGAAUCGUCAGCUUUCAGAGAUGUGCCUGUGGUGGUUAUGUCAUCUGAGAACAUUUUGCCUCGUAUUGAUAGAUGUCUUGAAGAAGGGGCUGAAGAUUUCUUACUGAAGCCGGUAAAACUCUCGGAUGUAAGAAGAAUAAGAGAUUCUCUGAUUAAAGUUGAAGAUUUAUCUUUCACAAAGAGUAUUAACAAGAGAGAGCUAGAAACAGAGAAUGUCUACUCCUUGGACUCAUCUGUUCCCUUGCAGCUCAAACGCACAAAGAUCUGAGCUUUCCCAAGCAGACUACCAUGACAUGAUCUUUAAAAAGCUUAAUCACCUAUACAAUUUUCCACCCCCUGGUGUCUUUUUUUUUGCUGAGUAAAAAACUCAGUGUUGACAGAGAAACAGGGCUUAUUCAUAGACUAUGUUAGCAAUGUAAAUGGUAGAGAUAAACCACAAAACUAUUAUAUUAUUAUUCAUUAGAGAUGUCAUGUUUUUUUCUUA